AAGACAGAUGGACACACAGUCAAAUUCAGCAUCAUAAAUUCCUGUGUAAGAUUAAAACUGCAUGUAAUGUGAAACAAGUAUAAAGAAUAUAAACUGUGUUAAUUAAAUAUGGGAGCUUGUUGUGCUAAGAACGAACAGCCAACUGAUACAAAACUAACUGACAUAAACGACGCUGGUGAAACAGGCUCAAAAACGGGGAAUUCAACAGGAAAGAAGAAGGAGCGCUACACAAAGGACCCCACAACUUUAUCCUUAGUAGUUGAACCUCCACCCACACAAGCAGCCACAGCUUACAAAUCUUCUCUGCGAGCCCUUUAUGACUACGAUGCCAGAGCUGAUGAUGAUCUGAGCUUCAAAAAGGGAGACCUUUUAUAUCUCCUGGAUGACAGUGACUCUGAUUGGUGGUUUGCCAAACAUGCCAACCCCAACUACAGUAACACAAAGGCGGAGGGAUACGUCCCCAGGAAUUAUGUGGCCAAGGAGGACUCAUUGGAGUCUUACGAUUGGUUUAUGGGGGCUUUAUCCAGAAAAGAAUCAGAGAGACUGCUGUUGACCCCUGGGAAUGAAGUGGGGUGCUUCCUAAUAAGAGAAAGUGAAACCAGCCCAGGAAACUAUGUGCUCUCUGUAAGAGACUAUGAAGAAGCCAAAGGUGACACGGUCAAACAUUAUAAAAUACGCAACAUGGACAAUAACCGAGGUUAUUACAUCGCAGCUCGGAGGGUCAUGACCUCCCUCCCGGAACUCAUCAAUCACUACUCAGGUCAGUCUGAUGGGUUGUGCAGGCAGUUGACAAAACCAUGUCCUAAAUCCAAACCUGUCAUCAGUCUGAACAAAGAUGCCUGGGAAAUCCCGAGAGAAUCACUAGAAUUCUCUAAAAAGUUGGGGGCAGGACAAUUUGGAGAAGUGUGGAGAGGCAAAUGGAACAAAACAACAGAUGUUGCUAUCAAGACACUAAAACCAGGAACAAUGUCAAAGGAUGCUUUUUUGGAGGAGGCUAACAUCAUGAAACAGUGUAAGCAUGAUAAGCUUGUGAGACUGUAUGCCGUGUGUACGGACCAGGAGCCUAUCUACAUUGUCACAGAGUUGAUGUCCAAAGGCAGUUUACUGGACUAUCUCCGUGACGACGAUGGCCAGAACCUGAAGUUCCCACAGCUGGUGGAUAUUGCAGCUCAGAUUGCAAGUGGUAUGGCAUUUUUGGAGGAGAAGAAACUGAUCCACAGAGAUUUAGCUGCUAGGAACGUUCUGGUUGGGGACAACAACAUUGCAAAGGUGGCAGAUUUUGGUCUUGCUCGAGUUAUAGAGGAUGAUGAAUACAAUCCCAAACAUGGUACCAAGUUCCCCAUUAAGUGGACAGCUCCAGAAGCUGCUCUGUACGGGAGAUUCACCAUUAAAUCUGACGUCUGGUCAUAUGGAAUUCUUCUGGUAGAAAUCGUCACACACGGCCAGGUUCCCUAUCCAGGUAUGGCCAAUCGUGAAGUGUUGGAACAGGUGGAGCGAGGAUACAGACAGGCCAAACCACCGAAUUGUCCCGAUUCUAUGUAUGACAUCAUGAAGAAAUGCUGGGACAAGAAACCAGCCAACAGACCUACGUUUGAAUACCUGGCUAGUUUCUUUGACGAUUACUUUGUUUCUACAGAACCUAACUACAGGGAAGCUGAUGAAUAAUGCAAAAGUAUUCUAAUUUUAGAACUUUAUACAGAUGUCAUUGAUAAAAUGUAAGAGAUGGUAAAAAAAUUAUCGUUAGGUUCAAUUACAUUUAAUUUAUCUAGCCUUUGUUCUUCAGAUCCACGAUUUGAAGUGUAUACCCUUUGUGGAUAUGAUUUUUAAGGUCACAUUUAUUUUUUUUCCUCAUACACCCCUAUUGUAUUUACUCUAUUACAACAUUGUGAUCAAAUGAAUAUUUUUUGACAUGUGCUGUUUACAAGGCAAGCCCUCCAUCAUUAACAGCAUAAUUUGAUAUCUGUGAUUUUUAUGUGAAAACAACGAGCUUCCAGUGUGCCACACACAGUUUGUACCCGUCAUUCGUCAUCACAACAGUACAAAAUGUCUAAUUGUUAGUACAGUGAAACUUGUCUAAUCUGGAUGUUGUGUAUUCUGAAAUCUUGUCUAAUACGAUGUAAACUUUAAGUCCCUUUCAGUAAAUUCAAUUGUUUUAGAUGUUUUCUAAUCUGGAAUGUUGUCUGAUCUGGUCAAUUUCUAUGGAACCAGUGGUAUCCGGAUUAGACUAGUUUUACUGUAUCUUUUUCUGUACAUUUAUACUACAGUGUAUUAAAAAAGUGCCUUGGAUUACGAUCACUAUAAAUUGUUAGAGUAUUUUUGUAUACAUUCCGAGAAAUCAUUGUAUGUGCCUUUGUUUGAUAACAAUUAAGUACUAAGUAACAAUUCCUGAAAUGAUUAGAUCUAACCAAAGAUAAAUUAGUUGUGUUGCAUGUCAGCUCCUGAGAUGAAUUUCACGUACAGAUUAUAGAUGCUUUCAUUGUAGCGACCUAUGUAGACUUUUGUAACUAUACUGUUAUAUUGAUUUUUUUAUUUUGUACACUGCUUUAUCAUGUUUUGUACACAGUCAGCAUUCACAGAAGUUAAACUGUUCCACUCUUAUCCAUUCCAGACACAACUAACUUUGUUAUUUUUAUUAUACAUAUGUUAUCAUUGUUUUAUUGCUAUAGUAAUAUCUUUAAUGCAUGGAGUGUGAAAGAAAGAAAGAAUGCAUGUGUGAAUGUAUUUAUGUAUCAUAUAUAUAUGUAUGGUUUUGAUGACAAGUUUUUUUUUUACUAUACAUUUCCCAUUUCAUUGUUUAAUCUGAGAUUUUCAAUAUUGUACCACAUAUUUCUUUUACUGAAACACAUUAUAUUUAUUUAAUCUGUGUAUUUAGAGAUAAUAAUUUGAAAUGCAGGCUAACAUACAUUUCUAUGGAUAACAGCCAUAUAAUAUUUGUGCCAGUCUGUUAAUUAAUGUGAGAUUAAUUUGGGAAUUCAUUAUUGUAUCAACAUUUUCUUACAAUGAAUCACAAUCUUGUUAUAUACCUUAUAUGUGUAUAGGAACAAAACCUUCCUUACAUUGACCCCCUUUUUUGAGUACAUUCUGUGCACUGAUUCUUCUGUACAUUGAACCCAUCCACCCCCACCCCCAUCCCCCUCCACUCCCACCCUCCUUUUUGUGUACAUUCCAUGUACUGAUGCUGGUUCUUGUGGUAGGGACAAUAGCCAUAAAGACAGUAAUAUGUCUGUACACAAAACAUUCUUACAUUCCAUAUUGUAUCCUUAUAAGCUGUUUUGUUACCAGACCAUAAUUCUACUUAUGUUUAGCUAUAGUGCUUGCCAAUCUCUGAAAGAGAAUUUAGGUCCAAACUUUGUUUUGGGAGUAAAAAUAGAAAUGACUGAGGUGUAUCACGGAUCACUUGUCUGUCUAGCUAUGUGUCUUUAUUUAGACCUAUUUUGUCCAGAGAUUGUGUCUAGAAUUUCUCAAUUUUUUUGGUCAAACUUUGUAGAAAUAUUUAUCAUUUUAAGAUGUGCCUUAAUUAAAUGUUUGCAUAAUUAUUGAUUUGUCAAAGUUUUUUAAAUUUUUGUUUUGUUUUGUUUUAAAGAUUUCAUACUGUAUUGACAGCAUUUAGAAGUUCAGGCUUUGAUUUUCUUAUUGAUUGAUUAUUACUUGGCACAACACAUGGUCAGGGUCAUUUGGACAGGCUUAAGGUUACUGGGUUCAUUGUGCUAAAUUCUUUAAUUACUUAAUACAACUGAUUUUGUUGUUUUAUUAAGUAUGUAAUAUUUUUGACUAUUUUUUUCUGCAUAUUCAUUCCUCUGAACUAUUCAAGAAACUCCAGAGUGACUGGCGAUCUAUUGGACCAACAGUGCCCAUUUACCCAGUAUAAUAUUAGGUAAUAAAAUGGUUAUUUAAUGACUGGUCAGUCAGUAAACCAGAAUAUAUUUCUCCCUCGGUGCUGAGAGCAGCUUAAUAUGGGCCAUUGGCCUCAGGCAGUAGAACACAUUGAGCUUUUCCCAGCACCUCAGGAAAAAUAUUCUGGUCUAUGAACUGAUCAGACAUUGAAUAACUGUAUACUAGUACCUCAAUUUUAUAAUGGAAUAACAUUGCAAAAUCGUACGUAGCUUGAAGGGUUAGUUUGAAGACGAAAGCACAAGUCAUAUAACACUGACCCAAGGUUAAUUAGAGGACAAGGUCAUGGGGCUCUAAGAUGUAGAAUCCAUUAUAAUGAACACCAGCAGGAUUGUCUCUGACCAGCAUAUAGUUUUUAAGCUGUUUCAAUAUGCCCUUUGUUGAGUUGCAGUCUGGGAUGUAAGGUAGUCCCAUUAGGACAGCUCCAGUUUGUCACUAAGGCCAUAUUUACAUCCCCUUCAUUCAUUUUUUGUUUCUUUUCUAUUAGUGCUUUAGUGCUGAGAAGCUUCAGUCCCAUUGUUUAAUAUAAAUUAUAAGGACUACUUGUUGCACAUAAAAUUCCCCCUCCCCCCCCCCCCCCCCCCCAAAAAAAAACGUUUCUAUUUAUCAAAUGAAUGUCCAUUUUCCUUUUCCACAUUUUUGUGGGUAAUAUAAAUAUUUUCAUUGAUGGAUCCAUUUUAUGAAAGGGAUUGAUUAUGAUUUUGUCCACCGAAACGCAAGCAGAAAUUUUCGUAAUUAGCGGCUCAUUUCAGCUAAGUUUUAAGAUCAAAAGUUGAUCAAUGUACAUUUUUCUGCAGUUAGAAAAGCUUUAAAAGACCACUGGCUCUCUUGAGAGAUAUAUUUGAUGUGUCAUUUUAAAUGGUUUUGUAUAUAUAUUAAAUACAGCUGUAUAUGUAUAUUUUUUUAAUCAAUGAAAUAAAAUAUAUGUAUUGUA